GGUGGGGGGGAUAAUUUCCCCGGCUUCGCUCGCUGCUGCUCGGCUCUAUCAAUCUCCGACCGCGCACGUGGUCAAUGCUCCAAAGGCGGCGGAACGAGUUGAUCAAUCCCAGGACCGGCGCUCCCCCGUCGGUGGGGAGGGGUUUGUGAACUCCUCCCGCUGGGCGCCUAAGGUUUCAAGCGCCGUUGUUUACCAGCAGUCGUCGGAUGAACUCCUCCAGGGCCGUUCCCCGCCUCGGUCUUCGAAGCUGGCAGAGCAGAUCAUGUUAGCAGCCUGUUACCUGAACUUCCUCGCCUUGGGACUCAGCGCCGUGGGAAAACAAGUCGUAGCCCUGGGUGGACAUACUCAACAGAUCUCUAGGCAUUCCACAUAUGAGAUUAUAAUUCCUAGAAGAUUAACAGACAGGGAGAAGCGCUGGACACAUUUUAAUGAGGAACACUUAGAUGAUCAGCUAUCUUACUUGAUCCAAACUGGAAAUGGAACACACAUUCUGAAAUUAAAGAAAAAUAAAAACCUUCUUGGGGAAAAGUUCACAAUAUAUACUUAUAACCAAGAGGGCAAGCUGGAGAGUACUCCUGUGGAAACUCAGACCCACUGUUACUACCGUGGAAAUGUUGAAGGCGUUCCAGAUUCUCUGCUUGCUCUCAGUACCUGUGAUGGCCUUAGGGGAAUCCUCUAUAUUGGUGACAAGCAAUAUGGCAUGGAGCCAGUUAAGGGAUCAAAUAAAUUUGAACACUUUUUUUAUGUAUUAGAUAAAUCUCAUGAACCUUUUUCCUGUGGUGUACAAAAUGAUGACCAGUAUCAUGAACAUAUUUUGAAAUACACUAAUAUAUCUCAUUAUCCUUUCAGUAAGGAUACACUUCGAAGGAAAAGAAGAACUGUGCUGCCAGAGAAACGAUACGUCGAACUCUAUAUGGUUGUUGAUAACAACAGGUAUUUAUUCAAAAGAACUAUUGAAGCUGUACAGAAAGAAACAGUUGAAUUGAUUAAUUAUGUAGAUGGGAUGUUCCAUCCCUUAAACAUACAAGUUGUCCUAAUUGGAUUGGAAAUAUGGACAAAUGGAAACCAGAUAGAGGUGGGUGGUGAUUCAGCUGGAGACGUGUUGGGCAGAUUUGUGACUUGGAGGAAAACAAAUCUUAUUACGAGAUCAAGAAAUGAUAUUGGUCAUCUCAUCAUAAGGAGAAGGCCAUUUGGUUCAACAGUUGGAAUGGCUUUUGUUGGCACAGUCUGUAGUAUAGAUCACUCAGGGUCUAUUACUACGUUCGAUCAUGACUCUCCCAUAAGUCAUGCUACAGUGGUUGCACAUGAGUUGGGACAUAAUCUCGGUAUGAAUCAUGAUGAUGAUAGAUGUCCAAAUACCUAUAUAAUGCACAGUUCAGAUAAUGGGUCCAGGAACUUCAGCAGCUGCAGUGCUAAUGAUUUUGAGCAACUUAUCCUGAAAGGUGGAGGAAGCUGUCUCAGAAAUUCUCCCAAGCCGAGCGAUAUCUUUACAGAACCCAUGUGUGGCAAUAACAUUGUGGAUAGGAAUGAAGAAUGUGAUUGUGGCACUCCAAAAGAAUGUACCAAUCCCUGUUGUGAUGCUGCCAGCUGCAAACUAACACGUGGGUCAACAUGUGCUGAAGGAUUGUGCUGUGAAAAGUGUCAGUUCAAGGUAGCAGGAGUGGAGUGUCGACCAAAAUCAAAUACCUGUGAUCUCCCUGAAUAUUGCAAUGGGACCUAUUAUGACUGUCCGGAAGAUGUGUAUGUCAUGGAUGGCUACCCAUGUAAUAAUAUGAAAGAUUACUGUUACAGUGGAAUUUGUGAGAGUUACAAUUCUCAGUGUGAAUCCCUCUUUGGAAAAGGAGCAAAGAAAGGACCAAAUGUUUGCUUUGAAAGAGCCAAUAGCAAAGGAGACAGAUUUGGCAAUUGCGGAAUGAAAGGGCCAAAUUUUGUAAAAUGUUCCCAAGCGAACAGUUUAUGUGGCAAGAUUCAUUGUACAUCUUUCAAACAAGAGAAUCUCCCAACCCAGUUGUAUUUCCAGACUCAAGAUGGAAUUCCAUGUGUGUCCACUGAAUUUGAUCUAGGAUCAGAUAUUCCUGAUCCAGCACUGGUUCAUAAAGGCACUUCUUGUGCUGAAGGAAAAGCUUGUAUUGAUUAUAAGUGCGUAAAUGCAAGCUUGCUGGGUUACAGCUGUGACAUAAAGAAAAAGUGUAAUGGUCGGGCGGUGUGUAACAACAAAGGCAAUUGCCACUGUGAUCCUGGGUGGGCACCUCCUUUUUGUGAUGUGUCUGGCUAUGGGGGUAGCAUAGAUAGUGGCCCAACACAUAUAGAUACAUCCCUUCGAGAUGGUCUUCUGAUAUUCUUUUUACUUGUGUUGCCUAUAUUAAUUCUACUUGCAAUUGCAUUUGUCAAGAGGAAAGAAAUUAAAAGGCGUCUCUUCAGAGAACGUAGAAGACAUCACAGGACUGAAAAUGCACAGCAAAGAAGACCACUACCUACACACCAGAGUAAUACUCCAAGUGAACCUAAUCCACAAGAGGAAAAAAAUAGAAGGCGGCCUACUACUUCAAAUUCAGGAAUCUUUACAAUAUCUCACUUUCCAACUCCAAGGCCACCAGUACAAAAUCAAUUUGUUCCACCUCAACAACGACCUCCCAUACGACCACCAAUGUCACAAAGACCUCCUGUACGACCACCAAUUCCACAAAAUACUCCUUUAAGACCACCAAUUCCACAAAAUCCUGCUUUAAGGCCACCAAUUCCACGAAACUCACCUUUAAGACCACCAAUCCCACAAAAACCUGUUUUCUCUCCUCCGUCUUGAAGACUUAUAAAGACACGUACUGUAUGCCACUAGGAAAAAUAUUAUAUUAGUGAAAUGAGUUAAAAGUGUUAUUUUUUAGAAAUAUACAAACAAAGACCUCAGUUUAAUUUUUAAAACAGGAUGAAAUUAAAUUAAAUUUAAUUAAUGCUGUCCUACCAAAUCAUUAUUUAGGAAAGAAAAUGCUGCCUUAAUUAUUAGACCACAGGAUAUUGCUUUUACAAGUAAUACUCGUACCAGUAAAAGUCUUUUACUCUAACAUAGGGCCAAACUAGAUAUUGUAGUAAAUGUGAUCAGAAAUCCUGUCAGACUUAUAAAAUGUAAGAGAUGUUUGUGCAAUUUUUAUGAGAAGAAGAGGUGGUGAGGCUUUUCUUUUCUAGUUGUGGGCCCAAGAGAUUCCUUCCUUUCUUUCUCUCUUCACUCCCAACAUAUAUUAUUAACAUUACAAGAAAACACCUAUUGAAGUUAGUGGUCAUGGUUGGGGAAGGAAUAGUUAAAUCUGUCAUAAAAAUUCCCAUAUUGUUGAUCCUGGUAAAAAUUGGGGGAGAUGCUGCUCUUACAUCGAUGACAGAUUUGCUAAUUGUACAGUUGCUCUGAUUUUUUUAAAAACGUGCAAUUGGUUCUUUGUAGUCAGUUGAUUACAUUAAGAAAUAAUGUGAAUGGAAUAUAAGGAAGUAGAUGAGUGAAGCACAAGAUGGAUUCCAAAAAUCAACCAAUCAGUGAAGGAAGGGCUAUAGAGUAGUAUUAUCUGUUUGAGCAAAGAUCAGGUUUGUAUUGCCUUAAAAUCAACAAUGUGACUUGACAGCACCGUAUUGUUGAUCUGCAUGUUUACUGCUGAAUACAGGAAGAUUUUAAAUACUUAUUCUUAAGUGUUUAAAUGACCAUGUUAUUGUAAGAUAUUUCUCAAGAUUCUUUCAACUUUCAACACUGAAAUAGAUGAUACUUCUGUUUUCAUAUCAUAAAUCUGUGAAAGUUAUACAUUUUUAUUUAUAGCUUUAUCUGACCAUUUUGAUAGUCACGUUAAUAUUAUAUCAAUAUGAGACAAAAUGUCAACUACAUGCUGAAACAUAAUAAGACACGUUUUCUUAACUAUGAUUUAAUGAAAAAAACACAAUUGACUGGGCUCAUUAAGCAUAUCAAAUCAUUUCAGGUUCAUAAUAGUAAUUUGUACCAUUUUUCAUUAAAGUGCAGUGAUGCCACAUUUCUGACAUACCAGCCCUGAUGGUAAUUUUGGUGGAAAUAUAAUAAAACAUUUCUGCAUGGAUUCAUUAAACCAAAGAUUUGAUUAAAGAAUAGUUUUCUGGUGAGGAAAAGAGCAAUUUGCAUCCUUACAAUGUUACAGCCUUUGUUUAAAGUCACAUCAUAAUCCCAGCUUGUAUAAAUACAUAUUUUGAAAAACAUAAUGGAUUUGAAUAUUGGGCACAGUGUUGAAUAAUUGUUUCCUAAUAUAUGGUUUAGGAGGCGCUUAUUAUGAAUAACCAAUUCAGAUCUAUAAAUCAAGACUAACACAUAUGAUCCACCAAAUUUAAUGAAUGCUUUUAUAUGAUAACCUCUUUCCACUAUCAGACAUACAUUAAAUUCUAUUCAGAAUUGAUUUACAAAAUGUUUUUGAAACGUUUUUAAUAUCUCAUUUUUGGUAAUAUAGUUGUGUUGAUAAACAAAGGUAUUAUGCUAGAUACAAAUGCCAAAAUUUAGAUAUAAACAUAAUUUUUAAUGUUUACAUUAUCUGAAAACUUAUAUUAAUAUGUAUUUUAAAGACUAUAGAAUAUUUCAAAAUUGAAAUUUCCUAUAAUGAAUCAAAUUAGUUAAUGGUGCUUCCACCUCUAAGCUUUGUACCUGUAUAAAGUUAUUUGCAGUUUUGCACAAAUCACUUUUGUAAUUUAGAGGUAGAAAAAUCAGUUGCACAAUUUCUAUUAAAAUGGCAAAUGUUGUGAACCAUUUUGUAAAAAAAAUAAAAUAACUUGACAUACAAA